AUGCAUAGCCAGCAGCCGCAGCAGCUGCUGCUUGUACACCCCAGCGAAAUCCUUGCUAGCUCGCAGCAGCUACAGGGGAUGCCGCUGCUGCAGGGGAAUGAGUUUCUGCUCAUUGAGCCUUCUCAGUAUCAACACGUGCUGCUGCAGCAGCAGCAGCAGCAGCAGCAGAUGCUGCUGCAGGAGCAACUGCAGCAGCAGCAGCAACUCGCCAAGCAACAACAGCUGCAGGCGCAGGCCCCGUGGGACUAUAUGCCGCAGCAGCAGCAGCAGCAGCAGCAGUUCCACUUAACAGCAGAAACACUCUCCUCUCAGCAAGGGAUUCAGCAGCAGCAGCAGCAGCAGCAGCAGCAACAGCAGCAGCAGCAGCAGUAG